AGUGAUCUCACCCUUCGCAGUCACUGCUCCGUGCAAGCUAUGAGUUCCUGCAACUUCACCCAUGCUAGCUUCGUACUCAUUGGUAUCCCAGGACUAGAGGAAGCUCACUUCUGGUUUGGUUUCCCGCUGCUUUCCAUGUAUGUUGUGGCAUUGUUCGGAAAUUGCAUUGUGGUCUUCAUUGUGAGGACAGAGCGCAGCCUGCACGCACCCAUGUACCUCUUUCUCUGCAUGCUGGCUGCCAUUGAUCUGGCCUUAUCCACAUCAACCAUGCCCAAGAUCCUCGCCCUCUUCUGGUUUGACUCCCGGGAGAUCACUUUUGAGGCCUGCCUUGUCCAGAUGUUCUUUAUUCACACUCUCUCGGCCAUUGAAUCGACCAUACUGCUGGCCAUGGCCUUUGACCGUUAUGUGGCCAUCUGCCACCCACUGCGCCACGCUGCGGUGCUCAACAAUACAGUAACCGCCCAGAUUGGCAUGGUAGCUGUGGUUCGAGGAUCCCUCUUUUUUUUCCCCCUGCCUCUGCUCAUCAAGCGGCUGGCCUUCUGCCACUCCAAUGUGCUCUCCCACUCUUACUGUGUACACCAGGAUGUGAUGAAGUUGGCCUAUACAGACACGUUGCCCAACGUAGUCUACGGCCUUACCGCCAUUCUACUGGUCAUGGGUGUAGAUGUCAUGUUCAUUUCCUUGUCCUAUUUUCUGAUUAUACGAACAGUUCUUCAACUGCCUUCCAAGUCAGAGCGGGCCAAGGCCUUUGGGACCUGUGUGUCACACAUCGGUGUGGUCUUGGCCUUCUAUGUGCCACUCAUUGGCCUCUCGUUGGUACACCGCUUUGGAAACAGCCUGGAUCCUAUUGUGCAUGUGCUCAUGGGGGAUGUGUAUCUGCUGCUGCCUCCGGUGAUUAAUCCCAUCAUCUAUGGUGCCAAGACCAAGCAGAUCAGAACACGAGUGCUGGCUAUGUUCAAGAUCAGCUGUGACAAGGACCUUGAGGCUGUGGGACACAGGUGA